AUGACAAUUAAUUCUAAAAAUUACUUUUCCAACUCUCACUCUGGCGGUAGAGUAAAACGAAUCGGUUUUGUAACUAGUACAGCAUUCCCAAAUCUCGAUGAGGACGAUCACAUCAUGGUCAAAAAUGCAAUCAACCAGUAUGAGUGUGAAUACUGCAUUUGGGACGACAAUGAAGUUCAAUGGCAAUCAUUUGAUCUAUUGAUCAUUCGUUCGGUAUGGGACUAUGUCCACAAGUUUGAACUUUUCAAGAGAUGGAUGAAGAAGAUUGAAUUGCUUGGAAUUCAAGUGCUAAAUGAUUUCAAUAUUAUCCGUUGGAAUUGGAAUAAGAACUAUCUCAAGGAGCUAGAGCAGGCCGGUGUUUCAAUUGUUCCAAGUCUUUUCGUUGAGAGUACCUCCAUUCCCAAGUCACUGCUUCAAUAUGCACAGGAGGGAAUUCAAUUGAAAAAGUUUAACAAGAAUCAAUAUAAAUUCGUGUUGAAACCAUGUGUUGGUGCAAGUAGCUAUGGUACCUAUCAAUUCACUCUCGACAAUUGGUCUGACUAUCAACAGGAGUUUUCGAAUCUAGUCAAGGUCUCUGAUAUGAUAAUACAGCCAUUUGUUGAAACGAUUCAAUCAGAUGGUGAAACUUCUUUCAUCUUUUUCAACAAGAAGUUUUCACAUUCCAUUGUCAAGCAUCCAUCGAAAGACGACUUUAGAGUACAAGAGAACUAUGGUGGUACCUAUGAAAAGAAUAAGAAUUUAACACAGGAUGAAAUAGAUAUUGCUCAAUCAAUUAUGGAUUAUGUUGGAAAGAAAGGAAAGAUAUUAUAUACAAGAAUAGAUAUGUUAAGAUACAAUAAUAGAUUAUGUCUUAGUGAAUGUGAAUUAUUCGAACCAACAUUAUAUUUUAUGAAUGACGAUAAGAUUGCCAAGAAAUUUGUUUCAAUGAUUGGAGAGAACAUCGCCAAACCAUCCGAUCGUUUGGUAUCAGUUUCAAGCAUCAGUAUCGAUGCAAAUGUAUUGGUGGUUGGAUCACCUUCCGAGAUUGUACGUGGUCGCGCCAAAUCGGUAUCAUCACCUCUAAUAAUAGGACAAGAUGAACUUAUGAUAACCAAAAUAAGAAAUGUUGCCAUUUAG